UUCAUGUACUACAGCUAACUAGUCAGAAUCAACUUUUUUUUUUAAUUACACUAUCAUGAUAAUUAUUGUAUAAAAUUAAUUAAUAUACAAUGAAAAUUUUACUAUUUUUAUUAAUGAAUAUUUCCAUUUCUGGAUUAAUAUUGCAAAUUUUAUUGAUUAAAAUAACUUUGCCUCAUACUAUCACUGCAUCACAUACUCAUUAUUAUAAUUUCAAAGUGUUACGAAUGCAAAUUUCCGAUCGUAAAUCAUUAAAUACAAUCAGUGAUUUAAGCCUUAACGAACCGGAAAACUAUGAUAUAUGGACAUUUCCGAGAUAUCAGAAUACUUCAAUGUACAUAUCGGUAUCACCUGUUGGAUUUCGAAAUCUUACAAACUAUUUAGAUCAUAUGAAGAUAUCUUAUGAAAUAAUAGUUAGUAAUUUACAAAAAGCAAUACUUGAUGAACAACGUGAGAAUCAUUUUAGAAGAGUAUCAAGUUUUUUAAGAACAGGACGAAGUAAACCAUAUUACAAAUCAUUUAAUGAGAUAGUUCAAUAUUUAGACCAGUUGAGUCGAACGCAUUCACAUAUGACAGUAGAAGAUUUUGGUUAUACAGCUGAAGGUCGACCAAUGAAGGGAGUUAAAAUAUCAACAGAUUCAACAAAGCCAAUCAUAUGGAUUGAUGCCGGUAUUCAUGCAAGAGAAUGGAUUGCACCAGCUACAGCAUUAAGUAUAAUCAAUAAGCUUAUGCGACCAUUAGGACAAACACUUUUAAAACAUUUUCAAUUCUACAUAGUUCCAGUUGUGAAUCCAGAUGGAUAUGAGUAUACACGAACAAAGUAUCGUUUAUGGCGUAAAAAUCGAGCUCAAACAGAAGGUGAAGUAUGCGUUGGAAUAGAUUUAAAUAGAAAUUUUCCAUUUCAAUGGGGUGUUGGCAAUGGUGCAUCACCACAUUCAUGCAGUGAUACUUAUCGUGGAAGUAAAGCAGCAUCAGAAUUAGAAACACAAAGUAUCAUUAGAAAAUUGAAUUCAUUACAAAAACAAAUAAUUUUAUAUUUGAGUUUACAUUCAUUUGGUCAGUAUAUCUUAACCCCGUUUGGAUUUUCACGUUAUAGUUAUCCACCAUAUUAUCAAAAAUUAAUGUCAAUGGGUAAAAAAGUUAAACAAAUGAUACAAAAUCGACAUGGUUAUGUUUAUCAAGUUGGUUCGUCAUCGGAACUUUUAUAUGAAGCAGCUGGUGCAACGGAUGAUUAUGUAGCUGGUGAAUUGAAAAUCCCCUAUGCAUAUACAAUUGAAUUAUGUGAUGAAGGACGUUAUGGAUUCCUUUUGCCUCCAUCUUAUAUUGGACAAGUUGGCCGGCAAUUGUGGACAGCGCUAACUGUACUAGCAAAUGAUAUCAUUCCUACAUGAAAAAAAACAACGUUUAUAUUGUAGUUUAUUUAUUAUUAAUCUAGUUUAUAAAAAAUAAUGCAUAGAUUAGAAAAUGGUUUAAUAAAUUUUUUUCAUUGAUCUUAAUA